AUCGAUUCCCCGCCCCCGAAGUUUUUAAAGGGGCCACGUCUCGCACUACCAACAGCUUCGCGUUCUCCGCAAACAGCGUCGAUCUUGUUUUUUGUCCGUGUACGCGACUUGACGCCCUUAGAAACCUACCCUUUCCGCAUAAUACCAAACAUGCCCGCCUUCUCAAGACUCGGAGCGAUGGCUUCGUAGCGAAAUCAACGAAAGCAAAUAAAAAAAACAACACCGGGACCGCGCGAGAGAUCGCCUCAGCCGGAGGCCUAACUCAGGCUUCCCGCGGGGUUUCCUAGGCGAGGCUGCCGUCGACAUGACGACUCCGAGCAUCGAGCGGCACUGGGUGUCGCGGCUGCUCGCUGCCGUGUUCUACGGCCUCUGCUCGUUCCUCAUCGUCAUCGUGAACAAGCAAGUGCUCACGAGCUACGGGUUUCCCUCUUCGCUGUUCCUGGGCGUCGGGCAGAUGUUGGUGACGGUGGUGCUGCUGCACGUGGGACGGGCGUGUGGUCUCGUGUCCUUCCCAUACUUCGACUUAAACCUCCCAAAAAAGAUCUUCCCUUUGCCACUCAUCUACCUGGGGAACCACAUCACCGGCCUCAUCAGCACCAAGAGACUCAGCCUCCCAAUGUUCACGGUGCUGCGGAAAUUCUCCAUCCUCUUCACCAUGGUGGGCGAGAUGUUCAUCCUCGGAAAAACAACGUCAUGCCCUAUCCAGUUGACCGUGGCCAUGAUGAUGGGCGGGGCCAUCUUCGCCGCCAGCUCUGACCUGGCGUUUGACCCCGUGGGCUACACCUUCAUCCUGGCCAACGACCUUUUCACCGCCGCAAACGGCGUCUACACCAAACAGAAACUCGACUCCCAGGAGCUGGGGAAAUACGGCCUACUCUACUACAACGCCGUGUUCAUGAUCGUGCCUGCCGCUCUGGCGUGCGCGUACACAGGCGAUCUGCAACUGGCGCUGGCCUUUGAGGGCUGGAGCAACCCCUGGUUCGUCGUACACUUCACCUUCGCCUGCCUCAUGGGGUUCAUCUUGCUCUUCUCCAUCAUCCUUUGCACACAGUACAACUCUGCCCUCACCACCACCAUCGUCGGCUGCCUGAAGAAUGUGUCGGUGGCCUAUAUCGGCAUGCUGGUGGGAGGUGACUACAUCUUCUCAUGGCCCAACUUCGUGGGCCUAAACAUUUGCAUCAGCGGAGGCGUCCUUUACUCCUUCCUCACGUUCCGGGAGUCGUCGGCUGAGAAGCAAGGAGGCUGAUCCGGCCAGCGCCAGGGCCCGUGCACGCAUCUCCCCCAACGCCCGCUCGCUAGCGCCAGGGUCUGUACGCGCAUGGGCAAUGCGCGUGAUGCUGCGGUCAUGUGUGAACGUGUCCUCGCUCACACGUGCGCAUGUCCACACUCACCUGCUGAGGGGGAGUGGCUGUCCUGCAAACAUUGUGAUAACCCACCAAAGAUCACAGUCCAGAAAGUUUAUCAAGCUUUUGUCGAGAGCAGGGUGAGCGAGUUAAUUAAGUUUGUUGCGCGGAGAUAAUACAAUCGAACGCCAUCAAAGGUGGAUUGUAAAGUGUUCCAGCGAAGCCAGAAUAUGUUAGCUUGCACAAAUGAUAUAUAUAUCAAUAUAUAUUAUGUGGGUUAUCAGGAUUUUCAGGACACCUCUCCAUCAAUUCGCACAACUGUUUACAGCGGCCGGACGUACGAUCAGUACAAUCGUCGUUACUUGAAAUCAACUUAUGAAGUAACUGGCCGAAAUCUAGAUUUUUUUAAGUACGUCCGUUUUUGUAUUUUCAAGAGCGCAGGGAUUUCAAACUGCUUAUCUUUUCAUGUAAAGCGGAAGGUUUUUGCACAGCCAGCAUAACGAAUUGCUUCACCUUGCAGUGGAUAAUGCCUUGGCUCUAUACCACAGGACCUUUCAGCCAUGACUACAAACUCGCACUGACCAGCGUGGUGAAGUAUGGGUAAAACAAUCCCCAUGAACUCGCGCGUCAUGAAAAGCCUUUAUCAAACGGUGCAUUGGAUUAAAAAAAGGUGACAUGUUAGAUUUUUUAGAGAGUAUAUUUGGGUCACAUUGCAAUACUUUACCUUUUUGGGUGUCUUUUACCUGGAAUAUAACUUAAUUUUUAAUUAUGUAUCUAUCAAUGGAUUCACUGGUGUCUUUAUUUGAAAACCCUCGAUAGCACAUGGAGAUUAAUGGCACCUGUUGUCAAGGAAUCUACAGUUACAAGGGGAUUCUUUUUACUAUUUUAAACAAGAAAACGUGCAAUUUUUACAAUGUAUGUAAAACAGGAAACUUGCUGUUGGGAUAAAGGAAUCUGACACGACGACAUUUCUAGGUUAACUGGGUGUGUGGGUUUUUACACAAGAUUGUUUUAUUGGUUAUAUUUACAAUAUAGGGUGUGAAGAAUCAGGUUUUUAUAUUUUCUGUAAUGCAGAAUUGGACGGUGUGCGUGUGCAUGUGUAUAACAAUGGCCGUGGUGGUACUUUUUUUUAUUCACAAGCAUUUCUUUUUCAUUAUAAAAAAUUGCUAAAUAUCCCAAUUUUAAAACAUUACAAAUUGCACACUUCAACUACACUUCCCAACGUGGUUGCUUUGUCAUUGUCACUGGACAAUGCUGUGGCAGCCGUCCCCCGUGCCGUAUUCUGUAGCCAGGAAUCCCCCCAUAAAGCCUUGCCCAGCAUAACGCGGCUAAUGAUGAUGAUAAGGAAUCACCAAUUCCUGUCCCAUCACCCCCCUUCCAGUGGCACACAUGAUGGGAACGGAGGAGAGACUUUUUAAAAAUGAAUUUCCUCCAAACUAUUUUCGUGGUAUCCGAGUGGUCGAUUGACCUCACCGGAUGAUCGGUAAGGGUCUCGUCGAUUCACGUAAUUAAUUUGGAGAGCCCAGCGCUGUUUGCGAGCGCUAAGUAAAAAAGGAAUGAAGGUAGCCAUUUGUAUUCGAAGCUAUUGCCUUAAGUAGACCCCAUGUAGAUAGCCGGGAGAGGCGUGCGUGGUAUAAUCAAGCAACACAAAGUGUGCUCACUUUUGCACUUACAUGCAGUCACUGUUCAACUGUCGUGCCUUUUUGAAGUGAUGGGGAAAGUGGGUGUGUGGGGAAGCAAUGCUAAUCAUUUGUGGAUUUUAUAGUUAGAAAUUACCAAUGAACUUGGUUUUUACUUAAUUUUGGUCGGCGGUGACAAUGAGCGUGGCUAUGACUGUGAACUACUAAACCAAAAGUCCUAAUCGCGACUGACUCUGACGAGGUACAACGAACUUUCUGUGCCAUAAUCGAAGACGCAGAUUUGGGUAAUAAAGUAACGCGAUGAGCGACUGCAGUGCAAUGACAAACAACUUUGAAUGGUAAUUUGUAGUUGCCAAUAUAUGUACUGAACAUAACAUGUUUUAUGAGUUCACAAAUUGGCCGUACUGAUAAUAUUUUUAGUGAUGGAGUAGGGAAAUAGUUCACCACUCGCCAACAUUCAAUAACUUGGAGUGGACUCAAUAUUUGACCAAUUUAGUCCUUCAGACGUCGAAGAUGACUUUUAAAUGCACAGUAAAACUUGACUUAAAAUUCCAAAAGUUAUAAGAUGGGCUUGAGACUGUGACAAAAAUAAACAAUGCUAACUUAAUUUACACUUAGGUGUGAGGGUUUGUGUGUCACAUGAUAUAAAACAUGCGUAAAAAGACAACUGUCAACGUUACGGAUUACUUUAUGAGGUGUAUGUGUAGUGAUGUUGCUACACUUUAAAUAAAUGUGUUGAAGGGAA